AUGAAGGCUGAAUCAGAAUAUUUGCGUGUAUGCGUGCGUGUGGAUGGAUUUGUGGAUGUGCUGUUGCGUGAAUUUGUGUGGUUUUGGGACCAGGCUAGUGCACCUAUGCUCUGUGUCUGUCUUUGUAAACGAGUGGAUGUCUGCUUCCACGGUUCUGUAUACGUGUUUGUUGCCAGUUUACUUGACUUCCGUGUCGAUUCUCUUCCCAUCUCCCUCUUUGUAGCCGCAACUUGCUCCUUCGACGUAAGGCUACAAUGUUCGUCAGUGUCCUUUCCUCUUUUUGCCAGUCUGCGACUGCAUUCAGGUGUCAGCGCUUCUUUGUGCUUUCAGAUUUUGCAGAACGAUAACUGGAGCAGCAAUUUCGCGGUGUAG